CUUUCAUUAGAAAAACUUUAUGUACAACGAGAGUACAUGUAUGAAUCGACAAAUAUAAUUUACUUUGAGUUUUAUACUUAGCGUUAUCAAGUAAUUAGUAAAAUUUGUUACGCUCCUUUUUUUUUUGUUUUUGAAUUAAAAAAUUAUAAUUUUGCUGUUAUAAGAAAAUGUCAAAAUGACAGAAACAUACAAUCCAUUCGUAUAUUGGGCUCAAACUGAGAAUCAGAUUACAUUAAAAGUCGAUUUGGCUGACGUCAAGGAUAUUAAUAUUAAUUUGCAAGAAAAGAAGUUGCAAAUAAGUGCAUACGGUCAAGGUGCAAGAGGGUGCAAUAAUUAUGGAUUUAGUAUUAACUUUCAUGAACUUGUUAAUCCUGAUGAAAGCAAUUACAAAGUGAUUGAUCGUCAGAUAGAUUUUACAUUGAAAAAACAAUGUUGUGGAUGGUGGCCACGAUUGACUAGUCAACCACAAAAACCACCAUGGCUUAAAAUAGAUUUUGAUAAAUGGAAAAGUGAAGAUAUGGAUGAUAAUGAGUAUGAGAAGCGAGAUGUUUCUACCGAUUAUCCUGAUAUGUAUGAUAAAUUACAUAAAGAAGAACUUGGAUAUAGGAAAGAGGAUUUUAAGAAGGUAUACUUAAUCAUCUACAACUUAUGUCAAUUUGUCGGAUUUCUUUAUAUUCUUGUCGUUAUGGGCGUGAAAUAUUCUCGUGAUGGACCAGCUUCUAUGAAACAUACGUACGCUACUGUUGGAAAUCCAAUGAAAUUUAUACAGUUGCUACAAUUUUUAGAAGUUAUGCAUCCUUUAUUUGGUUAUACCAAAGGUAGCAUAAUGAUACCUCUCUUACAAAUAGGAGCCAGAUCAUUUGUAUUAUUUUGCAUGAUAGAAGGAGAAUCACGUAUGCAAACUAAACCAGUUGUGUUUUAUCUCUUUAUUGUAUGGAGCGCAGUAGAAGUAAUCAGAUAUUUAUAUUAUAUUACACAAUUAUUGAAUGUAGAUAUUUAUUUCUUAAUGUGGUUAAGGUAUACAGUAUGGAUACCAUUGUUUCCAUUAGGUAUAAUAUGCGAAGGUAUUAUAAUUUUGCGUAACAUUCCAUAUUUUGAAGAAACACAACGUUUUACCAUAUCGUUACCAAAUUCGUUCAAUUUUUCUCUUCAUUUUCCGACUUUCUUGCGAAUUUAUUUAUUAUUAUUAUGUAUACCUGGUAUUUACACAAUGAUGUCGCAUAUGAAUCAUGCUCGUUAUAAAAAACUUGGGAAAUCUAAUAUAAAAAGGAAAUACACAUAACUUCAUUUUACAUAGUAUAUAAAUAUAACUUAAAAUAAUAGCCAAAGAUAAUAUUAUUUUUAGUA